GGCCGAGGGGGCAAAGGCAGCAUCUACGUGUGGGCCUCGGGAGACGGCGGCAGCUACGAUGAUUGUAACUGCGACGGCUACGCCUCCAGUAUGUGGACCAUCUCCAUCAACUCCGCCAUCAACGACGGCAGGACGGCCCUGUACGACGAGAGCUGCUCCUCCACCUUGGCCUCCACCUUCAGCAACGGGAGGAAAAGGAACCCCGAGGCUGGCGUGGCAACCACAGAUUUGUAUGGCAACUGUACUCUGAGGCAUUCUGGGACCUCUGCAGCUGCUCCCGAGGCAGCUGGCGUGUUUGCACUGGCUUUAGAGGCUAACCUGGGUCUGACCUGGCGAGACAUGCAACAUCUGACUGUGCUCACCUCCAAACGGAACCAGCUUCAUGAUGAGGUCCAUCAGUGGCGGCGGAACGGAGUUGGCCUGGAGUUUAAUCACCUCUUUGGCUAUGGAGUCCUUGAUGCAGGCGCAAUGGUGAAAAUGGCUAAAGACUGGAAAACUGUGCCUGAGAGAUUCCACUGUGUGGGAGGCUCUGUACAGGACCCUGAGAAAAUACCAUCUACUGGCAAGCUGGUGCUGACCCACAACAAUGCCUGUGAGGGACAGGAAAACUUUGUCCGCUACCUGGAGCACGUCCAAGCCGUCAUUACAGUCAACGCAAGCAGAAGAGGGGAUCUGAACAUCAACAUGACUUCCCCGAUGGGCACCAAGUCCAUUUUGCUGAGCCGGCGUCCAAGGGAUGACGACUCCAAGGUGGGCUUCGACAAGUGGCCUUUCAUGACCACCCACACUUGGGGGGAAGAUGCCCGAGGAACCUGGACCCUGGAGCUGGGGUUUGUCGGCACUGCACCCCAGAAGGGGGUGCUAAAAGAGUGGACACUGAUGCUGCAUGGCACUCAGAGCCCCUACAUUGACCAAGUCGUCAGGGAUUACCAGUCCAAGCUGGCCAUGUCCAAGAAGGAGGAGCUUGAGGAAGAACUGGACGAAGCUGUGGAGAGAAGCCUGAAGAGCAUCCUGCGCAAGAACUAGCUGGCUCGUGGGCCUCCCGCCUCCCUCCCUCCCCCAUCUCUGCCUCUCUUUCCUCGCUCCACAUUUCUGUCAGGCACCUAGCAAUUACUGUCAUCCCCACACAAGCGAUUCCAACUUUCUUGAUCUGAAGCUUCGCUCACUGUCAAUGAUUAUUUUCAUUACAAUGGAAGCAAUCUUUUUUAUUCUAUGCCCCAAAUACAGUGUUCCCACCAACA